AAGAUCAACAUCAAAAUGCAACGUAAGUGGCUGCAUUUAUUACUAAUUGGACACAUAUGGACAGUUGUUAUAUGUAAAAGUUACUAUUCAAUACUGGCACCUGGCAUCAUUAAAUCAAACCGCAAAUACACUGCAAGUGUAACUUUGCAUGAAGCUGAUGGACCUGUAACUAUACGUCUGGGUAUCGCAAGAACUCCUUCGUUUUAUACAUUUCAAGAUGUCUCACUGCAGUCGUUUCAAACGAAAACUAUUGAUUUUGAUUUGCCGAAAUUAAAUAAGGAUUUUAAAUACGAACUGAUUGCUGAAGGCAUUGAGGGUUUAAGUUUCAAAAAUUCCACAAAACUUUUGGUUGAAGAUUGUAAGGCUCUUAGGGUUUAUAUGCAGACCAGCAAGGGAACCUACAAGCCGGAAGAUCUAGUGCAAUUUCGUGUUAUUAUAUUGGAUGUGCAUUUAAAGCCGGUGAAAUUGAAUGAACCAGUGAGAGUGCAGAUACUGGAUGCCAAAGAUCACCGUGUCAAACAGUUCAAAAACAUUCAUCUUAUCAAGGGCAUAUUCUCCGGAAGUAUACAACUAUCUGAACAUCCAAAUUUGGGUUAUUGGAAAAUUUUAGUAUCGAUAAGCGGUAAAUACAACAUCAGAGAAAUGAAACCAUUUAAAGUGGAUAAAUAUGUGCUGCCCAAAUUCAGUGUUCACCUGGACACUGUCGAUGAUUUUGUACAUGAAGAUCAAAUACUCCCCGUAACUGUCUAUGGCAAAUAUGUUUAUGGCAGAUAUGUUGAAGGAAAAGUUAUAGCCAAAGUCAUGAUCGGGAAAGUUGUCUUUGAAAUGCAAACAAAAGACAUACAAGAGUACAAGGCUAAAUUCGAAUUUAAUGUUAGCAAUCAUCUUACUUAUGCCGAAGUAGAGCCCUAUUUCGAUGUUGAAGUAUCGCUUAUCGAUAAAUAUACAAAUGUUUCAAUGAGCAGCAAGAAAACCAUACAACACCACAAUCAGAGAUACAGAAUUGUGGUACCAAUCGAAGAAAUCGAAUUUCGUGACAAUCUGCCAUUUUUAAUAAAAGCUAAAGUACGUUAUUUGAAUGAUACUGAAGUCAAUGAUCGCACCACGCCUAUUUUUAUGAAACAUGGCGGUAAGGUGUAUCAAUCGUUACUCGAUGAGCAUGGCAUGACCAGCUUUAUAUUUGACUAUGAACAUGAUAAGAGCAAUGAAUUUUUCUUCAAAAAAACUUCCCUAUAUUUAUCAAACCUAUUUUACAACGGUCAAACAAAUAAUGAAUCUUUGUGCAAUCUCAAAGUGAAAACGGGAAAAAUAAAUUUAGACCAGGUAGUGGAUGUGGAAGUGUCAUCAACAUCAUAUAUUCCCUAUUUAAUUUAUGUAUUAGUGGGUCAUAGUAAUAUUAUAAAGACGGGCUAUGUUCAAUUGGAAGCAGAUCAAAACUCUUAUAUCAUUAAAAUAAACCCAACCAUUGAAAUGGUGCCAUUGAUCGAUUUCAGUGUUCACUACCUGUACAGGGGUGUACUUAAUUUCUGUGACAUUCAAAUUAGUUUCCCUAAUGAAUUUGAAAAUAAGAUCACCAUUUCUACGUCCAAUAUCACAGUUGAACCUGGACAGAAAGUCAAUCUUAAUAUACAAGCACAACAGCAAUCUCGUGUUGGACUACUCGCAGUGGAUCUUAGUGCGCAUUUGUUAAAUUCCAAUUACACUUUAAAUAAGCAACAAAUAAUUAAGGAGUUACUUAACGAUCAGUUAUACACCGAUUACAGUUAUAUUGGUUUUGGGAAACUAUGUGGUCUCGUCACAUUCACCAAUGCUGAUGUUGUAAAUAUUUCGCCAAAAUCAUUUUCGGGAAUUUAUAGACGAACGAGAAGUCCACGAAUGUCAAAAGCUUUGCCAAAUAGUCAACCACUAGUACGUACAAAAUUUCCGGAAACUUGGAUUUUUAAAGAAAUCGAGAUCCUUAAUGAAAACACUAGCUUGAGUUUAAAUAUACCCGAUACUAUAACCACUUGGCUUGUAACAGCUAUUAGCAUUAAUGAACUAAGCGGCCUUGGUAUUAUGGAUGAUCCGCUUAAUAUCACAGUAUUUCGACCCUUCUUCAUUAGCACAAAUUUGCCCUACUCUAUCAAGAGGGGAGAAACUAUAGCCAUUCCUCUGACAAUUUUCAACUAUUAUGAACAAAAUUUGAGCUGCCAAAUCAUUAUGAACAAUACAAAUGAUGAAUUUCAAUUUAUGGAUGAUGAUGAUGGUAAUAACGUUUUACAUUUAACACAAGUUAUUAAAAAUGUCACUGUAGCGGCGAAUAGUGGCACAAGUGUGGCAUUUAAAGUAAAAGCCUUAAAAUUGGGACAACUUAAUGUACAAAUAACCGCCUUAAGUCCUUUAGCCGGGGAUGCCAUCGAACAACAGCUCAAAGUAGAACCUGAGGGAAUUCUAAUUAAAGAUAAUCAAGAAAUUUACCUUAAGCUUCAGCCAGAAACAGAAUCAGUUCAAAACUCAUUGUUUAUAGCCCAUAUACCUCAGGAUAUUGUACCCGAAUCAGAGUUUCUCCGGCUGUCUAUAGGAGGUGAUACAUUACUGCCAUCUGUGGAAAAUCUCAACAAUUUAAUACGUUUGCCCACCGGUUGUGGUGAACAGAAUAUGAUUAAUUUUGCUCCAAAUAUUUCAGUUUUGGACUACUUAAAAUCGGUGGGUAAAUGGCAAAAGAAUUCAGAAAUGGUUGUCAAAGCAGUGCAUUUCAUUGAAACUGGCUAUCAAAAUGAGUUGACAUUUCGCCACAAUACUGGUGGUUACAGUGUUUUUGGUUCAGAGGGCACAGAAAGCACCUGGUUAACGGCUUAUGUUGUACGAUUUUUCAUUAAGGCCGUAAAAUAUGUGGCAGUGGAGCCAGAAAUAAUAAAAAGUGGUUUGGAUUUUUUGGCCAGCCACCAGCAAACUAAUGGGGAAUUUCAGCAUACGGGACAUUUAUUCUAUCCGGCCCAUCAGAAUCGUUAUGGAUUCACGGCCUUUGUUCUCAUGUCGUUCAUGGAAAAUAUGAGGUAUAGAAAACAAUACGAGUCUGUCAUCCAAAAAGGUCUAGAGUUUUUAACCAGUAACGUGAAUAGUACAAGUGAAGCGUAUGCUCUGUCCAUAAUGGCAGCAACACUACAAAUGGCACAGAGUGAUAUGGUCCCUCUGAUCAGAAAUAAACUACUAGCAAUGCAGCAUAAUGAAGAUAAUCAUAAAUGGUGGACCUCAGCGGAUAAGAAACAAUCAAAUGAUGUAGAAAUAACCGCAUAUGUUCUAAUGGCUCUAUUAGAAACAGGUGGAACGGAACCCUUUUCAAUAUUUAAUUGGCUAAUAAAGCAACGUUGUGAAAAUGGCGGAUUUCGAACGACCCAUGAAACUGUUGUGGGUCUGCAGGCUUUAAUAAAAUUUAAUGAAAAAUACAGCCAUUUACAUGAGACUCUAAUAAACGUCAACUUUACAGCCAAAGAUGCUCAAGGGGUGGAAGUGAAACAGGGUAUUUUGGAGGUGACAGCAGAUAACUUUAUGAUAUUGCAACGUCUUGAGCUACCACAUACAACACGUUCCAUUCAAUAUGUAGCUCAAGGUCAGGGUAAUUCACUGCUACAAUUUUCCUAUCAUUAUUAUGUGACUGAAGACAAACCAUUAACCGAUAACUCUACUAAUGAGGAUAAUGUUCCCCAACCCAAUACACUUGAAACUUUGAAUAUCAGCCCCCGCCUAGGCAAAAGUUUCGAUUUCAAAAAGUCCCAAAAACAGCCCCGUUUUGCUUUUAAAGAACAAUCAUUUGUUAUUAAACCUUUGGCGAAGAUGUCCUCAGCCAGAGAAAUGUUACUGGAAGUCUGCUUUAAAUAUCAACCAUCUGAUAAUUUACAAAUUCAAAAAACCAAUAUGAUUAUAUUGGAAAUUUAUCUACCUUCCGGUUUUGUUUCAAAUCCCAACAAUAUACAGGAGUUACUUGAAGAGGAAUUAAUAACAAAAGUGGAAUUGAAAGAUUCGGAUACACGAAUUAUUAUGUAUUUCGAUCAAUUGCAGGCAAAGGACGAACUUUGUCUCAAUGUUCAGGCCGAUAAGGUGUUUGAUGUACAAUUGCUGAAGCCUUCAACGAUUGAAAUGUAUGAUUUUUAUAAUACCAAUUUACAGAAUAGCGUGUGUUAUGAAAUAAUUGGUUUAUGGAAAGAAUAA